AUGGCUGGCUCCAGAUCCCGCUCCCACGCUUCCGUGCACAUCUGUCCUACCUGUCGAUGUGGUUUCAAGACCGAAGAGACACUUCAGAAGCACUUGAGGCUGAGUCGUGUGAACCCCUGCAGCUAUGAUGCUGGCAAGCGCGCUGCCCUCCUCAAGUUCCCGCAAAAGGAGACGCUGCAGCACCUGGUGAGGUUCAAAGCAAGCUCGUCGGCCGAGCUGGCGCCGCUCGUUAUCUACGCAGACUUGGAGGCCUUCUGUGACGUGCCACCUUCCGAUGCCGUGGCCGAGCACGUGCAUCGGGUCCAACGUCGGGCUGCUUCUGCUGCAUUCAGGGUCGUUACCCACAACGGCUUCAGCGUGCCUGAGUGCGAAAGGGUCUUCCUCACCAGGACGGAGAACGACGACCACGAGCACGCUACUAUUGAAAGGUUCCUCCGAGCUUGCCUUCGUCAGGCCCUGCGCUACAAGAUUUGGAGGCAGACAACAAAUGUUGCUCCGCAGGAACGCCGCAGGCGCGAGAGCGCAACUCGCUGCGAGCAGUGCCACACUACGUUCAUCCAGGGACACCCGUGGCGGAUGAAAUGCCUGCAUCAUCGACAUGGAACAGGGCAAUUCUUGCAGUCCCUUUGCGCUGGCUGUAACAAGAGAAUCAAGCAACCGCGAGAAGUGCCUGUGAUGUUUCACAAUGCGGGAUCAUAUGAUCUGAAAUUCAUCCUCCGCACGAUCUCGUACCUUCGCCGUGAGUCGGUGCCAGAGCCCGUGGUCUGCCAGGAGGAGGAUGACAGCGAGUCUGAGGUCGAGGACGAGGAGUCUGACUGGGAGGAUUCGCCGCCUGAUGUGGAAGAACGUCAUCCUACUCUCGACGAGGCGCUCGCCCUGGAGGUGGACUUCAAAAAGCUUGACUUCAAAGUCUUGUUCAAAACGGCGGAAAGAAUGUUGGAGCUGCGCCUGGGGAACUUGGUCUUCCGCGACAGCAUCAACUUCUACAACAGCAGCCUGGGCGACCUCAUGGACAACUUGGCCAAGACCGCUGGAAGCAACGACGUGUGGACCGUCUUCCCCCUGACUGCAGCAGUUCACCCGGAGCUACAGCCAAAUGCCAUGACCCCGGACGACUACAAGAGAUGGACGUGGAAACUUCUCCUCCGCAAGCUCCCAAUGCCCUUCGACUACAUGACGGACGCGGGGAUCUGGGACAAGGAAGCGGUCUGGGACGAGGCGUGCUACGUCAGCAAGUUGAAGAAGGCCAAGAGCGCCGAGGAGCAGAAGGCCGAGCGCAAGCUUCUCAACGAGACGGCUACCGUCAUGGGCUGGCGCACGUUUCGUGAGAUACAUGACGCAUAUCUCAUGAUGGAUUUGUGCCUCGCAGACAUUAUGGAGUCGUUCAGAGCUGCGUUCUAUUCAAAGUUCGCCCUGGACGCGCUCCAAUAUGUCACUUUGCCGAGCGCAUCGUACGACGCCAUGAAAAAGAGCUGUUUGCGCGGGGAGCCUGCGCGUCUUAUCACCGACCCUGACAUCUACAAGACGGCAAACUCGCCGGAGUUGGGGCCCGACAAGUGGGACGAGAACGAACCCACAAGCUAUGGGCUUCAGAUGGACAUAUCCUCAAUGUAUCCCUACGUCAUGACGAUGCCCUUGCCAAUCAGCUCAGGCAAAAAGGUCGCGCUUCCUGAGGAUCCCCAGGCAAGACUGGAAUGGGUACGCGAGCUGGUGGCCCAGAUCGACUACAUGAAUGACUCCGAGGACGUGUGCUGGCUCGUGAAGGCGGACUUCACGUUUCCGUGCUACACGCACGACUACCUGGAUUGGGCGCCUCCCGCAAAGAUGGCUAUCCCUCCCCAAAUGCUGUCAGAGUAUUCCCGUAAGGUCAUGAGGGAGAACCACCUGCAGCCCUGCAAGUGCAAAAAACUUGUGCCGUACCUGGGAGUUCACGAGGGAGAAGGCGUUGAUGGCAAAAGGCUGGCCUUCAUGAUCAAGAUCAUGGGCGCUCAGGUCCUGCGUGUCCACGAGGUCAUCGAGUUCAAAUGCAAACCUUUCUUGGGUGAGUGGAUGCGCAACAUCUACCAGGAGCGCCUCGAGAUGAAACGGUCUGGCAGAUUGGUUGAGGCCGAAACUUUGAAGCUCGUCCUCAACUCGAUCUACGGGAAGCUGAUUCAAAGGGUCGAAGGCUUCAAGAACUCCAGACUGUACACUUCGCGCAAGUCUUGGAUCAAAGCCGUCAACGGCAGACGGGUGAAAGACGUGGACAUCAUCUACAACGAGGACAACGACCCGGAGUUCUUAGGCGUGGUCCACAACAUCGUCCGAGAGGUGUUGCAAAAGUCGCUGGUCCAAGAUGGAUGGAGGGUCUUAGAGCUGUCGCGGCUUUACAUGCUCAAGAUUCACUACCUUGGAAUGAAACAAAUCUUUCCCGACGCCAUCGUGACCUUGACGGACACGGACUGCGGCCACUACUGGAUCCCUAGUGACGAGGAUCCUCUGCGUGCCUUGGCCCGAGCAAAUGAGGAACCAGGCAGGUGGCCGUGCUUCUUUGACUUGGCAAAGGACCUCGUGGGCAAGCCCGACGGCGAGAAGGUUCUGGCUCACCUCACCCCGAACCAACAACACAUUGCCUGGGAGCGCGCGGGCGAGCUCGGCGGCUUCGGAGUGGAACAUCUUCCUCGAAGAGUCUGGGAGGAGAUAAACCUGAGGGCGAAGCUGUACACGACGCGCUUCAACAGCGGAGCAAGGGCAUCGUGA